UUCCAUAUUACACCACAUAUGUCAACCUAUCUGGUUGCGUUUAUGGCCACCAAUCUAGUCAAAACGAACGCAUCCGAGACAGCGAUCAAAGACGCAAAAUUGCCACAAAUCAACAUCUGGAGUCGCAAAGAGGUCGCCGAUAUGACACAGUUUGCCUUCGACUUGACAACCAAAAUUUUGCCAUUUUUCGAGGAAUACUUUGGUAUUCGAUAUGAUUUGCCAAAAAUUGACAUGGUUGCUGUGCCAGAGUUUGGAUUCUCGGCGAUGGAAAACUGGGGCCUCAUCACAUUCAGAGAGUCGGCAUUGCUGGUACCUACAGACGAAGAUCAUCGAUCGUCUGCCGGACAUACGGAGACUGUGGCAUCAAUCAUCGGUCAUGAGUUAGCCCAUCAAUGGUUUGGAAACUUAGUCACGCCAAAGUGGUGGGACGAUCUCUGGCUGAAGGAAGGAUUCGCAACAUUUAUGAGCUACGUCGCAAUCAAUGAAAUCGAGCCAACAUGGAGGUUCUUGGACUUUAUUUCAAUCAACGAAAUGCAAAAGGCAAUGGAAGAGGACUCUGAUUUGAGUUCACACCCAAUUUCGUUUGCCGUGGCAAAUUAUUCCGACAUUCGUCGUAUAUUUGAUCCGAUUUCGUACUCGAAAGGAGCAUCAGUGAUCUGGAUGAUGCAAAACUUCUUGGGCGAAGAAACGUUCAAGGAAGCAUUGAGAACAUACCUAAAAGACUUCCAAUACAAAAACGCCGUUCACGACGAUUUGUGGAAUGUGAUGACAAAGUUCGGGCACGAACGUGAGACACUUCCUAGAAACCUCACCGUCAAAGAAAUCAUGGAUACGUGGAUAGUUCAAGCGGGCUACCCGGUGUUGAGCGCCAUACGAAACGGUACCUCAAUCAAUAUCUCGCAGCAACGCUACUUACUCCCAAACGGAAUACCAAGCAAUGACACCCAGAGAUGGCAUAUUCCAAUCACAUAUGUAACGGGCGCCAACCCAGCAGAGAAUACUGUGCCAAAAUAUUGGCUCAAGAACUCCGAUAACUUAACACUUCCUGAUGCGGUCGCUACGGACGAUUAUUUCUACUUUAAUGUUCAACGCUCUGGCUAC